GUCCAGACGGGGCCCAGGGUCCCACAACCGCCCCGAACCCACCUCCCUGGCUACCCGGAAGCCAAGAAGGGGCCGCUCGCCCGUGAGGCCGGAAGCCCGGGAACGCCGGGGGCCCCUCCGCGGGCCGGAGUGAGCGCGCCGCGCGGUCCCCAGGUCAGCGCGGCCCCGAGUGGACGUCGCACCGCAGGUUGACGCUGGCCUGGUCGCUGCGGGCACGCGUGGCCCGGAGCCGCCUGCACAGAGAGGGUGCGGGUGCAUCACCUGCCGACGGGGCCCGGGUUCCCACCGCCUGUGCUUCUCGGAGCCCGGGGCUGCGCGUCGGGCCGUUGGGCUCGGCGUGUGGAGCCUCUAGGACUUGGGUGCGAGACGUGGCUGGCUAUUUAAGAGCUUUCCGUGACCUUGUGCGAAUCCUAAGGCCGUUCCUCGUCUGGGAGAUGGACUUACACCACCUGCCUGGGGAUCAAAUGUCUGCAUGGACCGCCCAGCGCCUGGCGCCUAGCAGUGCUGUAGAAGUGGGAAUGACUCUUAACCAUUGCCGGAACUGAAAUUUUGACUCCCAUUCAGAGCAAACUGACCUGUAAUCCCAGAUGUCAUGAGGGUGGGAUCUACUGUCCUGAAUUAGAAAAGCAAGUCAUUGCACUUGGGCCCUGAGUCCUCUUCACGGGAGGCCAGAGAUGGAAGCUGUAAAGUCUGGCAGUAAAAAGAGGGUCCUUCCCACAUGGAUGACGGCCCAGGUGGCAGAGAAGAGCAAGGUAUCAGUGAAGACCCCCAGAAGGAGGAGAAUGGCAGCAGUGCCCACAGUGGCUGCAGCGAGACUUCCUGCACUGAACACUGUGUACUGCAUGAAUGAAGCUGAAAUAGUAGAUGUUGCUCUGGGGAUCCUGAUUGAGGGUUCCUCAGGUCGCUGCCCGCUUCCCUCCCAGGCCCAUAAACAGGAAGCACCCUUGGAGCAGCCGUUUCUGGUAGGCGCCGAUAAGCCAGAGCCCCCCGCAGCCCGCUCAGCCUCCCAGAGUUCUCCUGGGAGCAGAAGUGAGGACGAGAACAAUGGGAAAGCCGCCCUUUCCCCAGGCCUCGGCCGCGCUGCGGGUUCUGACUCUGUCUGCAGCAGAAGCCCCGAUGAGGACGAGGACGUGUUAAAAUACGUCAGGGAGAUAUUUUUUAGCUAAGAGACAAACUUCCCAGGACUUUCUUCCCAGAGCAGCUGAAGGAAGCUGGGCUUGCCCUCCCUGUCUGAGGGCCGCCCCCAGCUCCAUGUCUCCUUGGGCUGGACAGAUUCAGCCUGGAACAGAAGCCAAGAACGCCCCAGGCCUGGGAGCUGAUAAGCUUCGGUGUUUAGUGUGCUUAAGCGAGGAAUCAAAAUGAGCUUCCUUCAGAAUUCCUCCCUGCGUUGUGUCCCCUUCCUGCAUAGGGGGUCCAGCAUCCAGUAUUCUGCUUUAGCCAGUUACCAGGUUUCAGGGAAAAUGAGGUCAUCGUAGUCAAACUUACUGGAACCAAAGUAUCAACUUAGUCAUUUUCAGAAAGAAAAAUCUGGCUGCCAAGUCCACUGGAAUUCCUACAGUUUGAUCAGCAUGAUCUCUCCCUAGAGAGGAAGCCUAUGUUUAAAAUCGUUUCCAUCACUCAUCCAGCCCUGAAGCAGACAGACAGCCCACAGUGCCCUGCUCUGUCUGGGAGCUCGAGGCCCAGUGUGCAGAUUGUUAAGGCUCCCCUCCGGACAGGCCUGCUUCCGUGAGCUGCCACCUUCCUUCCACUUGGUGGCCUCCGUCUUGGUCCCUAAGCAGCUGCAGAGCACGAGCGGAACAGGAGCCCAAAGGAAAUGCGGAAGACGAGAUCACGCCAUAGUCCGUAUUUCUACCUCUGUAUUCACUGUGGCUUUUACAGACAGAAUGAGGCUUCUGUACAGAUUUUCCAAUAUACAGGUGCUGAAAAAUACACACAAUUCCCCACCACACAAGCUGUGUUUGAGUCCUUUCCAGUUCUGGGUUGAGAAGUGAAGAGAUGUGGCAUUUGUACGCACGUGGAACCGUUCAGUCCUGCCCACCUUCUCUCACCCAGGGAUUUAGCGUGUUCUGCUCCUGAAUUCCCAGGUCACAUCAGGAAUGAUUUACCAGCUGACUCCCUUGCUCUGUCUGGCUUCAGAUCUAAGAGCUUUUUCAAGAAAACCUUCAAAGCCACCAAGGCUGUUGUUCUCUGUACCCAUGUGCUCUGUCUUAGUGAAUCCCUUGGAGAUCAUUUCUGGGCCUUUGGGAGUGGCUUCUCGGGAGAGCAGCUCAUCACAGCCGCUCUCAGGUAUGGAGCAGGGAAGCUUACUCACCAGGGCCCCGGG